GAAGGAACCUUUUGGGGUUUUUCAUCUCAGCAGCUGUGCCCCUUGUCCGCACUCCGCAAUUUCCUACUGACUAGUUUAGUGUGAUAGGAUAGGCCGGCCGAGAGGACGGAAAAGUUGGAUUGGUUGGAGCGAAACCUGUCACCACGCAGGCGAUCGUGUCGUCCGUCACUCAGUCAUCUCCCCUAGCUCUUGUGAUAAUAUUAAUGAUAUAGCUCUCUACUGACUAUUGUUUACCAAGAUGAAACAUUUAGUUUUGUUUGCCACUUUUCUUUCCUUUUUGAUCGGUGUAUAUUCCUCAGGUGGGGACGAUGGCUCAAAGAAAGGCCCGAAAGUAACUGUAAAGGUAUGGUUCGACAUCGCCAUUGGAGAUUCACCAGCAGAAAGAGUUGAAAUUGGACUCUUUGGCAAAACAGUUCCUAAAACAGCAACAAACUUUGUAGAGUUAGCAAAGAAGACUGCUCCGGAAGGCUACAAACAGAGCAAGUUCCACCGUGUUAUCAAGGAUUUCAUGAUCCAAGGUGGUGACUUCACCAAGGGUGACGGAACUGGAGGUGCCAGUAUUUACGGAGAGAAGUUUGCCGAUGAGAACUUCAAGCUGAAGCACUAUGGAGCUGGAUGGCUGUCGAUGGCUAACGCCGGCAAGGACACCAACGGUUCCCAAUUCUUCAUCACCACCAAGAAAACCUCCUGGUUGGACAAUCGACACGUCGUUUUUGGAAAAGUCCUCUCCGGAAUGAAAACUAUCCGCAAGAUUGAGAACUCUGAGACUGACAGCCGAGACAAGCCCAAGAAGGACGUUGUCAUCGUAGAUGCUGGAGUAGAGGAGGUGGCCGAGCCUUUCGCCGUGGAGAAGGCUGAUGCUGAAGAGUAAUGAUACAUUGCAUUUACUGAGUUCCAUUGAACAAAUUUUCCGAACAAAUUGAUUGUUAGGUGUAGGGAAACUGAAACGUAACAAAUCCGAACAAAUAAUGUCUUGACCAUUACUUUUGUGAUGUAGCUUGUAAUUUUGUAUUUUGCUCAAUGGUAAUAAAAAGUUUUAUAUGGAA